ACUGUCUAUAAAGUACUUCCUUCCCUUGAAUCCACCAAGACUUCGUUUAAUCACCAACUUCUGGGCGUGCUAAUAAUCUCCUUAGCAAUCAUGCAUUUCACCCAUCUCCCUGCCGCCACAGUCACUUUGGCUUUUUUGCUACCGACCCAUCUACUAGCAGUAACAUUACCGGAUCAUUUUACCUGUAAUGUGGAUCAAGCGCCCCUUAGCACCGAUUGGGCCCAUGCUCUCUACACAUUUACACUUGAUGCAACCGGUGAGGCAGUUGCUAAGGCAAAUGGUGCUAAUACGGUCCAUGUGACGCAAUGGUGUAAAUCGCAAAAGCUAAACCCUUGGGGGCCUCUUCUUAAUCCUGAUCAAACCUAUAAUCAUGGGUACGCCAAGCUGAAUGGAUUUGGGCCCAAUCAUCAGUACACAGUCAAAUUGGAUCGUUGCAAAAAGGGUGCCGAUCGUCAGCCUGUAGCCUAUUCGGUCAAGCUAUGCUCAGGAAACGAUGAAGGCACUUGGUGCGGUAAUACGGUGCUGAAAUGUGGGCCAUCAGACUGGAGAGGAGUUUGCGCCGUCCAAGAGACUAAAGCUGUUAACGCCACUGACAUGGUUCCUUGGUCCUGCUACCGGUCCUGCGUAGAUAACUGGGGAGGAGCUUGUUAACGUCGACUAUAGGAAGGAAUUAGGCAACCUAUGUGAUGUAAAUAGUGGUGUUAAACGGUACGGCGGAAGAAUUGCCUAACUCUAGAGUCUAGGCUUAUAUAACGUGGAGAAAAUAUCUUCUCUCGCAACCUAAUUGUAAACCCCUAGCUUUAAUUUAACAAGAC